UCUUCAUGAAGUGGGCUAUUGUUUCUGUUUUCUGAGCAUUCGGCACAGAUCUGACCUCUUUUCCCAAACAUCCUGUAGUGACGCCCCGUCCUUCCCUCCCUCUGUUUUCUUCUCGUGUUUCUCUUCUUUCCUGUGCUCUUGCACAACUGCCUUGUUUUCAUCUUGGUGGUUCAUUACAGACACGAGCAGUGAUGGUGGAGGAUCGAGCAGCCAAUGGAGCAUCAGAGCCGGUCACCAUGGUGACGGGCGGCAGUAAACCUUUGCACCGCUUCCUCAAAGGACAACCCAAGAGUAUCGGAAUAGUGCUGGUGAUGAUGGGCGUAUGUCUGUUCAUGUUUGGAAUCGCCAUAGAUGUGCAGUCAGAUGUGACCACCUCGGCAGACAUGUACAGCCCGUUCUGGCUCGGGACGCUGUUCUUUAUCUGUGGCCUUCUGUAUAUACUGUCUGAACGCAACCCCUCCAAAAAGAUCAUCACCGCCAGCUUGGCUUUGAGCAUCAUCUCAACCAUUGCAGUGAUCUGUGCGUGUGGGGAUUUCUCCAGAGCCAUCGUUGGGCUCCAUCAAAUAUACUGGUCUCAUCUGCAUGAGAAUCAGACAGUGGAGGAGAGACAGCAUGUCCUACAACAUUAUAUGGCAAUCGAACUGAUGGAGCAAGUGUUCUUCUGCCACAGCUUGAUAGGAGGGAUUCUGCUCAUAACCAUGACGUUCUUCGCCCGGGCGGCGCUGCGGUCCAGCCGGACUCAGGCUGUUGUUGUCAUGAGGAACCUGCCGUCAGCGGAGUGAACAAACCAGAUCAUCUGAACAUCCACCUAAUGAAGAAGGAGCCAGGAUACUUCACUGAGAAUCUUCAGGAUUGCUCACAGUAAAUGGGCAUUAUAAUGUAGUGUCUGUUUUAAGGUCUUGAAUCAAAUGUCUCAAAAUGAAGUGAGUUUGUGCUUAAAACAAGAACAAUAUCUGCCAAUGGGGUCAAAAAAAUUAUCUUGUUUUCCCUUUGCAUUCAAUUAUUUUUCUGACACCACUGGCAGAUAUUUGUUCUUGUUUUAAGCUUAAAGUCAAUUUUGAUGCAUUUCUCAGAAAACUAGUCUUAAUAUCUUCAGUCAUUUCUCUUCUCCAGUAAAUGUAUCUUGAUUAAAAAAUGUUUAGAUAUUUGUGCUGGAAAACAAGACAGAAACACUGAGGAAGAACAUAAUGUUUGCAGUGUGAAACGCAAACCAAUUUUCUAUUUUUCAAUUCUUUGCACAUUAACACAAAAACAUAUUAAAUCUUGGCUAUAUACUGUGAGAACAUUCAUCAUGCUUUGAACUUAUCUUUGUGAUAUCAUUUUAUUUUUUAUUAAGCUGUGUAUUAAAACUUGUCUAGGUGAAAGAUCAACUGCUCAUAUACGGAAGAUGGCGAAAGUCAUAAAUGUUCUUUACAAUGCAGACAUAAGCACACAUGUUAAAGAUGUCUGUUAGAGAGCGCUUCAUCUGUUGUGUUCAAACAUCUGAUAAACAUCUUUACACACUCAAAUCAUAAACAUUCCUAAACGUCUGACAUGUUUCAGACACACAUUGCAAAAAUACAUCUUCCAGAUGAAAACGCUCAAAUCAAACAGACGUCUGAGAGAUGAAUGAGUGAUGAAGGAGUUUAUUGACAAACUUGUAUGUCCAAAACCUUAUCUUUGCUAAGUAAUACUGUCUAUAAAUACUGUAACAGACCUAAUAAUUAAAAGAUUUACUAAUAUUACUAAUACUAAAAUAAACAUAAAUGUGUACUAAAACAUCUCUGUAUAAUUCAGAAGAACACAAGACAUUCUGCUGAUCAUUAACUGCUACAGUCUGACAGUGUUAAUGUUUAUUUAACUGUAACUGUUUCAAUGUUACAAUCAGGACAAUAUAGUAUAAUUAUAGCACAUUAAAUAUAUAUAUAUAAUUACA